GGGGGUCCCUCCGUGGCGGCGAUGCUUCUCGAGAGUACGUUUCGUCCCGCUCUUCUUUCUUCUGUGUAGUAGAUUCUCUUUUUGUUCUUCUCAAUCAGCGAAUUUGAACUAGAGAGAGAGAGAGAGAGAGAGAAUGGAUCCUGAUAGAGCACUGGAGCUUGUGAAGCAUGGUGCUACACUUCUGUUUCUCGAUGUUCCUCAGUAUACUCUUAUCGGGGUCGACAUCCAGAUGUUUUCAGUGGGACCUGCUUUCAAGGGGAUUAAGAUGAUUCCUCCUGGAAUCCACUUUGUGUUCUAUAGCUCAUCGAGCAGGGAUGGUAAGGAGUUCUCUCCUAUCACUGGUUUUUUUGUUGAUGCUGGUCCUUCCCAGGCUAUUGUACGCAAAUGGGAUCACCAAGAGGAGCGCUUGACUAAAGUAUCUGAAGAAGAGGAAGAGAGAUAUGCCCAAGCAAUCAGGAAUUUGGAGUUUGACAGAUAUCUAGGCCCAUACAAUUUAAGCCAAUAUGCUACAUGGAAGCAACUAUCUAACUACAUUACAAAGGAUAUUGUUGAAAAAAUCGAGCCAGUUGGAGGAGAAAUUACUGUCAUCUAUGAAUCUUCUAUCUUAAAGGGUGGACCCAAAACUUCAAUGGAGAAAGCUCUGGACGAGCAGCUAAAAACAAGCAAGUUUAAAGUGACAUCCAUUGAGCAAUCCACAGGGCAGAGGUGUUAUUAUACUUCUAUUCCUCGGAUUAUAAAACGGAAGGGAAUGUCUGGGCAGGAGCUGACUUCUAUGAAUCUUGACAAGACUCAACUGCUGGAAUCUAUAUUGUCAAAGGAGUAUGGAGGUUCAGAGGAAUUGCUUCUCGGGGAGCUGCAAUUUUCAUUUGUAGCUUUUUUGAUGGGGCAGUCUCUUGAAGCCUUCAUGCAGUGGAAAUCGUUAGUUAGCCUUUUACUAGGAUGCACUGAUGCGCCCUUUCGGACAAGGAGCCACUUAUUUACUAAGUUCGUCAAAGUCAUCUACCAACAACUUAAAUAUGGACUUCAGAGGGAUAGUAGCAAUCCAGAGGUGGGGGCACCUGCACUUCUAGAUGAUUCUUGGUUAUCCGCUGAUAGCUUCCUGCACUUGCUUUGUAAGGACUUUUUUGCAUUGGUGGAAGAAGCCUCUGUAGUUGAUGGAGACCUGCUGUUGUGGACAAGGAAACUCAAAGAGCUACUUCAAAACAGUUUAGGAUGGGAGUUUCAGAAGAAGAGUGCUCUUGAUGGGAUUUACUUCGAGGAUGAUGAUGAGUAUGCUCCUGUUGUUGAAAUGUUGGAUGAAAGUCACGAAGAAAAUAUGGCCGCUUAGGCAAAGAUGCAGGAUCUAAGUUCCCUACAACUAUCACCAUUUGCUGCUCGGUGUCUAUAUCAACCGAGUACACACCUGAACCAAGAAGCGCAGGAAAAAAGGCAUUAGGAACUCUGGAGUCGAAAAGAUCUGAUAUCAAAGAAAGAAGUCUCUAAGCUGACAAGUUGGGCAAAAUAUGCAGAUUUGUCUGUUCAUUACAUUUUCUGUUUGUUUUUCUUUUUUUGUAAAUCUUCAUCUUCUUAUCUAGGAAGGAAAAAGAAACCCAGUUUUUGGUUUUGGCUAGAGCUAAAGGAGAAAGUCACCUUCAACUUUA